AUGGUUCGCUACUCUCUCGACCCAGAAAACCCUACAGAAUCAUGUAAGUCAAGAGGACCGAAUAUUCGGUUUCACUUUAAGAACACACGUGAAACUGCCCAGGCCAUCAAGGGUAUGCAUAUCCGAAAAGCCACCAAAUACCUGCACGAUAUCACUUUGAAGAAGCAAUGUCGGCCAUUCCAGCGGUACAAUGGUGGAGUAGGCAGGUGUGCCCAGGUCAAACAGUGGGGCUGGACACAGGGUUGGUGGCCAAAAAAGAGUGCUGAAUUUUUUCUGUACAUGCUUAAAAAUGCAGAGAGUAAUGCUGAGCUUAAGGGUCUAGAUGUAGAUUCUCUGGGCAUUGAACACAUCCAGAAGAACCAAGCACCUAAGAUGCGCCGACAAACCUACAGAGCUCAUGACCGGAUUAACCCAUACAUGAGCUCUCCCUGCCAUAUUGAGAUGAUCCUCACAGAAAAGGAGCAGAUUGUUCUAAAGCCAGAAGAGGAGGUUGAGCAGAAGAAAAAAAUAUCCCAGAAGAAACUGAAGAAACAAACACUUAAGGCACAGGAAUAA